ACAUGCGUUGCUCACCUGCGAUGAAUGCCAACCAAGCUAGACUGAGUGUGACGUAUAUACUGCAUUCACAGAAAUGUGCCACUACGAAUGCUAUUCGCAGUAACGGUGGAGGCAGACUCAGCAGCUCUGGAGAGGUAUCGUUGCAACCUUUUGACAAAGAACGACUUCAGGAUGCAAGAGUGCACCGUUCGGCUCUUCAUACUUUGCUUGACAAUCGCGGCUGCUGCCCCAGCAGGCGCAAGUAGUCAGCUGGGACCAGUGACCGGUUUCAUCGCAGACCUCUUCAACAAUAUUAUAGAGGUCGUCGACGCUGGAAUAAAGGAAGGACUGAACCUGGUGGGUCAUGGAAUCAAGGAAGGUCUGAGCCUGCUGGGUCUUCUACUACCCACUGCAACUCCAGCGUCUGCUGAAGUGCCCAUUGAGCAGCCUCAAGCCAGCUAAUAAAUGC